AGUCCUCGCGUUACUAAAACAAUCACACUCUCCACGGGUAACAUUUAAAAAAAAAAAAAAAAAUAAUUCUUGCAUUCUCACGAAGAAUUUUGCUUCUCUCUGCAACAAUGUUGUUGCUUCGUCAAACCUUCAAAAACAUUCUUUCUUGAAUUAGUCAUUCCUCUCUCUCUUCUCUCUGACUUCUCCGCCAUAUUUUUUGUCUUUUUUUUUUUAACUCUGAGAGUCUUGUUUGGCUGUCUCUCGAAUCUCUACUUCGUCCAAACCGCCGACUUGGUUCCCAUAAAUCUAGUCUCUCUCUCCAUCUUCUUCUUCAUCUGUCAAUCUCUCUCUCUCUCUCUCUCUCUCUCUCUCUCUCUUACGCUCCUUCUGUAAAUAACUUGAGAACAGAAAAACAGAGCAUCAUCAUCAUCGUCAUCAUCUAUGGCUGCCAACAAGUUCGCGACCAUGUUACACAGAAACACCAAUAGAAUCACAGUUGUUCUUGUAUACACAGUCCUCGAAUGGAUUCUAAUACUUCUCCUCCUCCUCAAUUCCUUAUUUUCCUAUCUGAUUUCAAAAUUCGCCGAUUACUUUGGCCUUAAAUCGCCUUGCCUUUGGUGUUCAAGACUUGAUCAUGUGUUCGAGCCCGGAAAGAGUGGGGUUUCUUACAGAGAUCUUGUAUGUGAAACCCAUGCUUCUGAGAUUUCCAAAUUGGGUUACUGUAGCAAACAUGAUAAGUUGGUCGAUGCGCAGGAUAUGUGUGAGGAUUGCUCAUCCUCUCGGCCUGAUUCUCAUGGUAAGACAUUGGAUAUUGGGAGAAGGAUCGCUCUGUUUUCUUGGGUGAGACAGAAGAGCAUGAUCUCCCGAAAUGGGGAGAAACAGAUUGAGAACGGCGAGAAGAACUAUGGGUGUUCAUGCUGCGAUGAGAGCUUGGAUAGCAAAUUUUUCUCUCCCUAUUUGCUGCUCAAGCCUUCCUGGGGUGUUCUGGAUUAUGCCCAGAAAGCAAAUUUGAUUACUUCGGCCAUUGGUGCGGACAACGAUGGAGGUGAUUACUCCGAUCCCUGCAAAUCUGAUUGCUCCACAGAUCAACAUGAAAUGGAAAACAAAAGAGGAGUUGAUGGAGACGAAGAUUGUUUUGAUGAUGUUGGUACUGAAGAUGAACACCAUAUUCCCUUUGAUGUCGAUGAAUGUGUUCAAAGCAGAGACGAGGCAGAGGAGGACUGCUCUCAAUGCAGAGAAAUCGUAGGGGAUGGAGAAGAGAAAAUGAGUACAGUUGCUAUGACAGAAGAAGAGCCUUUCGAGGAGGUUGAGUCAAAGGACAAGAUUGAAGUUUGUUCCAGAACAGAUGCAUCUGUUGAAAUUCUUCCUCUGCGUUUGGAGAAUCCUGGUGAUGUGGAUGAUCAUCGCCUGCUCCCCAUCGAAUUGAUUGAUUCUAUGACUGCUAAGAACCAAAGGGUAUCUAGUUGCAGAAAGGAAGAUCUGAACAAGCCUGAGAAUCUCACUGACGCCCAAUUUAAAUUCAUUGCCACACAAUUCGAUUUCAUUCUAGAGAGGGGUAAUAUUUCAGAAGCGGCAGAACCAGUGCCUUCAGCAGAUGAGAACGCAAUAUCCACAAAGCUUGAAUCCAUGGAUUCAGUUUUACAUGUUGAGAAGCACAAAGAAGAAGAAGGUUUUGAAGCGUCAGCAGGGAAGGAAUCAGACGAUCAUCCAGCAUCCGAAGCUGUUUCUGAAAUGCUGGGACAUCAUAUCGGAUCAAAGAUCUUAGAAGUGACUGAGGAGUCAUCUGAUAUGCCUCAAGAUCUUGAGUUUGUUCCUUCAUUGAUCUUGGAAGUGACAGAGGAGCCAUCUGCUCAAGCUCUUGAAUUUGUUCCUUCGUUGCCAUAUCUACAGGAAAAUCGGUACUCCAUGACUCAUGAUGAUUCUAGAAAUUCAAAUCAGUGUGAUACUUCGAUGGUUGAAAAGGAUCAAGUAGGUACCAAGCAAGCUGAGGAUGCAACCAUGGAAGACAGAAGCACAUCCUUUGAUAGGUCUGAACAGGAUAUAAACCAUCAAUUAUCCUUAUGUUUAGAAAUCAAUGAAAUUGAUAAAGAGAGAGCCCCUGAAACACCCACUUACAUGGAAGGUCUCCACAACCUACAUAAGAAGAUACUGCUACAAGAGAAAAAGGAAUUUGUCGCUGAAGAGUCUCUGGAUGGAAGUGUUGUAAGUGAGCCUGAAGGUGGUGAUGAGGUUCUGACUAUUGAACGCGUAAAAUCAGCUCUGAGAGCAGAACGCAAGGCUCUUACUGCUCUGUAUGCAGAACUAGAAGAAGAGAGGAGUUCCUCUGCAAUUGCUGCUAACCAAACAAUGGCUAUGAUAACUAGGCUUCAGGAAGAGAAGGCUGCAAUGCAGAUGGAAGCACUGCAAUAUCAAAGGAUGAUGGAAGAACAGUCUGAAUAUGAUCAAGAAGCUCUGCAGCUCCUGAAUGAGCUUAUGGUUAAGAGGGAGAAGGAGAAGCAAGAGCUAGAGAAAGAAUUGGAAAUAUAUCGCAAGAAGGUUCUUGAUUACGAGGCAAGAGAGAAAAGGAUGAUGAGAGGAAGAAAGGACAGUAAUGGGCAGAGCAGAACUUCGUCUCCUUAUUCUAGUAAUGCAGAGGACAGCGAUGAGCUAUCUGUUGAUCUUAAUCAUGAAGUCAGGGAUGAAGAUGGCUUCUAUAGCCACCAAGAAAGCGGCAACAGCAAUCACUACACACCUCCCGAUACAGUUCUAGAUUUGGAAAAUGUGGGGCUAGAGUGUGCAAAGCAUUUAACAACACUUAAUGAUUCACUGGGUGACUUCGAAGAAGAAAGGCUUUCAAUUCUAGAGCAGCUCAAGGUGCUAGAGGAGAAGCUUUUCACAUUGGAAGAUGAUGAGGAGCAGCUCUUUGAGGACAUAAAACCAAUGGGACAUAUCCCAGAGCAGAAUGGGAAAGAAUUGAAUGAGAAUUUAGUCCUAAGCCAUCAAGAAGUAAAUGGUGUUGUUAAUGGUUUCUCUGAGGACUCAGACAUCAAACAUUACAAGGAGAGAAGAACCAUGAGUGCUAAGGGAAAGAGCCUCCUUCCUCUUUUUGAUGUGAUUGGUGCAGAAAAUGAAGAUGGUAUAGUGAAUGAAGAAAUAGCGGGGUUUAAUGGGGUUCUUGUACAUGACUCUCCGGUUUCCAACUUCACACUGGAUAACAAGAGGGCUGCUGUUGAAGAGGAGGUGGAUCAUCUCUAUGAGAGGCUACAGGCUCUUGAGGCAGAUAGAGAGUUCCUGAAGCAUUGUAUGAGCUCCUUGAAAAAAGGAGACAAGGGGAUGGAUCUUCUCCAGGAGAUACUACAACACCUUCGCGAUCUAAGGUCUGUGGAACUGCGGGCGAGGAAUAUGGAUGAUGGUGCUCUAGCAUAAGAUAUUGUUGCACACAAGGACUUAAUGGAGAAAUUUCUUGGGGUCAAUUUAUUACAGUCCAGAUUCAACUGAAACAAGCGCUAAGCCCUCGGCGAUCAUACAGGACUGGACGCAGAAUGAAUUUUGGGUCUUUUACAUUAGUAUGGGAAGUUCCCUUGAAGGAAAGGGAGGUUUCUGGUAUGGUUGGUUUGUUGGUGUUAGUCUAUAAGGAGCAGACUGAGAAUGAAGUCUUCCUCCUUUUUCUUUUCUUUGGUGUCCAAGUAAGCCCAAGUUUUUGUGGGUUGUACCCAUCAACACCUUUUGCAGGGAAAGGUGGAAGGUGGGAAGACAGGGAGGUGAGUGUGUGUCUGGUUAGGUCAGUCAGGUCAGGCCACCUUGUCAUUGUUAGUGUGAGAAAUCCUGGCUUUCAAAGCUUGAAAGAUCCAACCAGGAGUACAGUUUUUUUUUUCCUUUAAUUUUUUAUUAUUUUGUAGAAGGGAGAGGGAAUGUUAACUCUGUCAUCCCCACAUCUUUGAAUCAUUCUUAGCAUAUGGGUUUUUGGCUUUUUUGUUGGUCUUAGUUGGAUUUAUUUGUACAAUAUAUGUGUCCAUGUGUAUUAUAUGAGUGCUGCAGCUGAUUUAAUUUGCA